AUGUGACGAACCUUAUCACGAUAUGGAGAGCCUCAAGGGAUGAGGACCACUUAGAUGGAGUCGCGUAAAGAAAGUUUACUGAAAUUCCUCGAAAGUAUUGAAGAAAAAGAAGUUAUAAUAAGAGAGAAAAGGGCGGAAAGUAUGAAUUCCCCUCCAGAGAAGGACAUUCCCCCCAUCAACCCCCAGAUUAUGAGAGAAAUGACUGUCAGACUAGAGAGAACUUCAAAAGAUUUGGCUGGGAUGGUUUCCUGGCUGGAACGAGAGAUGUGUGAAAUGAGCUCACACACUGCUAGAUUUGUCGACUUUCACGCUAAAGCUGUUGAUGAAGUCUCGGAUAAUACCGACAAGUCGGUAAAAGCAAUGUAUUCUCUGCUAUCCAAAGCCAGUUCGAUGGAGAAGGACAUGACUAAAGUUGAGAUGAUGUCUUCACACUUGAAAUCGAUAAACAAAUAUCUGGAGAGACUUGACUCGACACUUGCAACUAUCAAACCUAACCCUGAAAUCUCCUAACAGAUCGGUUUAUUUUCUUACACUGUUAAUUUCGCAUAUUUGGGUUGGCUACGCAGCUCUAGAUUUCUUGAUUAGAGCCGCGCAUUGCGCAUCCGAUCCUAACCUAGAACGGAAAUGAGAAUGCACUUCUGCAUUUUGUGAGAUGCUGUUUUGAUUUUGUUGUAUUGCCAUUUCUAGUUAUUUUUUCUUAGAGAGGUGAUAAGUUCCCUUUGUAUCAAAGUUCUCCUGGCUUAAAUUAUUGCUUGUACGUAUGUUCCUUAGUUUUGGGUCGUAAGUUCUGAUUUUGAUAUCAUUUGACGUCAAAUUUUGUACAUGACCCGAAUUUCAUUAAAAAUUGAAUCCCUUUUAGUGUUUAGGCUGGUAUAUAGAUCUGGUAUAUAGAUCUGGUAUAUAGAUCUUUCCCUAUUGUAGAACUGUUAAAAUUAUGUUUUGAGUAUUUAAGGGUAAUCUUCUACUCUUUAAAGGAAGUGGUAUAAAGUCUGAAUUCAUAAAUAGAGAAGAAGUGGACAUAUGUUUUAUUGAUUAUUUAAUGUGCAUUUCAAAUUGCAUCUGUUGUUACUGAGUUUCAUAUAGUGUAUAGCGGUUUAGAAUAAACUUUAUAAUACAGGUCUUGAAAUACGAUAUUCGUCUCUGAUAGUGAUGAUGUAGUUAUAUACAUUUCAUUCAACUCACAAAAUACUAAAUUCACAUUGAAUUUAUUCUGGGCGAAUAAGGUGCCAACUUAUACAUAAAGAUAAUUGUUUUCAGGUUAAAUGUUGAGAAAGGCAUUACAACGAUCUCUUCCUUCCCUAGGGAGGAGCAUUUCAACCUACCAGUUUCUAAAAAUAGAAACCCCGUCACCCAAAGUUUACCAUGUCCAACUCAACCGACCAGAGAAAAGGAAUGCCAUGUCUCUGGAGAUGUGGUAUGAGAUAGGGGAAGCGUUCGACGAAUUAUCAGAUACCUCAGAUUGCAGAGCGAUCAUCUUGUCGGGUAACGGUAAAAUGUUCACGGCCGGGAUUGACAUAUCAGCAUUUAUCAGUGUUGUGCCCCAGCAGUCUGACUCGGCUCACAAGUCUCUUAGUUUGCUGAAGACCGUGAAGAAACUACAGGAUAGCUUCACCGCAGUAGAGAAGUGCCGGAAACCAGUGAUAGCUGCUGUCCACGGAGCCUGCAUAGGGGGAGGCAUUGACCUGAUCUGCGGGGCUGAUAUCAGGCUGAUGUCCAGUGAGUGUUACAUGCAAGUGAAGGAGGUGGACAUUGGUAUUGUAGCUGAUGUGGGGACUAUACAGCGCCUCCCCAAGAUAGUUGGUAACCAGAGUCUAGUAAACGAGUACUGUUUAACAGCUCGGAAGAUCUCCUCAGAUGAAGCAGCCCGAGUAGGGAUAGUGUCCCGGGUCCUGGUGGAUAAGGAGAGUAUGAUAGAGGAGGCGGUGGCACUAGCUGCUCAGAUUGCUAGCAAGAGUCCGGUGGCAGUGCAAGGGACGAAGAGUAAUCUGGUGUAUAGUAGAGACCAUACUGUUCAGGAGGGACUGGAUAGGGUGGCGCUCUGGAACUCUGCUAUGUUGUUGGGAGGUGAUCCUAUCGUUGCUAUGUCUGGGGCUGGCGAGUUUGAAGACCCUUAGAUUGCUCUUUAAUUGAGCAACUUUAUUUAAUCUCAGAGAAUUGAUGUGAUUUGAAUUUGGCUAUGAGGCUUUUGAGUUGUGGCCCUCAUAAUAAUUGUUAAUUCUAGGAACAAUUGGAACUAAUGUACUGACUCAGAGUUGGUAUUUUGAUUAUUUGUAAAUUUAUUGUGUUGAUCAUUUGAUUCGUAGAUACUUUGUUUUAUUUCAUCGCAAUCCCUUGCAGAAAAUUUACAUAUUAAUUUAUACUAUUAAUUUCGCUAUGAUAUCUAUAAAACUACAUCUUGCCGAUGCUAGCUUUAAACCAGCUCAGUUUUCAGAAUGGUCAAGAAGAAAGGAGAUUUAGCAUUUACAGUAAUCCAUCUUCCUGCCCUCUAUCCAACUCUCGAUAUCAUCUCGCAGAUAUCUAUAUCCCCUGUGGCGGAUGGAUUUGAUGGUACUGUCUGUCUGAACAUUGCUCCCCAGUUUCCAUCUUCAACUUUUAAACAGAUAGAUGCGUUCAAGCACUGUGCGGUAGAAAACAAGGCUUUAUCACGAAUCAUCCCUGAAAACACACGAACAAUCAUCAUUAACAAUCUCAGUUUUUGGAUUCUCUAUUGUGGGCUGCAGCGAGUGUACAAGGAGCUAAUACAACUCAGUAGAGAGCACAAAGUCAUAACCACCAUCUCUCACGACACUCUGGAUCAGGAAACGGAGGAUACUAUCUUACUCUUACCCGAUCUUAUCUUAUCACUUUCUCCUGAUCCUGAAGAUCCUCUUUCCGGAACACUCAUGGAAGUGUUACGACAAAGUUCGGGAAGAACGGAGAAGAAAACGCAACGUUACAGUUUGUUGAAAUCAGAAUCUUCCUUCAAGUUGGAUAUCUCUAAAAUCGAGGAAAAAACCGCUGCUGCCCCCGAAUCUAACUCUCACAAUAUAACGUUUGAGUUAGGACUAUCUGAGCGAGAGAAGAGUGCACGUGACGCUACAGAACUACCGUACACUCGCAAUUCAACAGACAAAACAGAGGAGUCAGCUGGGCAUAUUCACUACGUUCCUGACGAGGUGGACGACUGGGACGACGAGGAUCCGGACGACGAUCUAGAUAUUUAGUGAUCUGGACAUUUAGUGGGCCGGGCUCUUGGUGGGCCAGACUUUUAAUGGGCCGGACUAUCUUAUUGUAUUUCAAGCGCAAACUUAAAGUUUCUGUGAUAGUUUUCAACAGACACCAGGGACCACUUCUGAAGUUUUAUUUUACUGAACAGUUUGAACUAAGGUGCUGCAUAAAUCAUCAACAUACGAAUUUAUCUCCUUCUUUUGGGAGACUCAGACAGCAUUAUAAUAUCCCUCUCGCCAGACACCUAAUGAUUUUUCCAAUUCUCAUUCGUCCUUAGCUAUUCAAAUUUGAUUUUGUUCGAAAAUGGCACAUUUUUCUUAAUAUUCUUGAUUCCACGAGAAUACUUUCCACCGAAAAUUAAAGUUAUUUUAUUAGUGAGGCUACCCCACCAAUCACCAUGGCAUGGUGACCAUGUACACCCACGAUCACAAUAACUUUGAUGGGGCGCACGAAGCCUGCAGGACGAUUAUACUAAAUACGGUCAUUGUGGACAACAAAGGCUGAAAACCACAUAUUUUCGAGUCAGUGCUUCACUUGAACCCUGUGCUCUGCCGUAGCAAUUCGUGGUUUUGUUGUAAUCUAAAACUAGAUUUUAUUUGAUUAAAUUGUUUUGAAGGAACUGUUUUAUUAUUAUUAGCCUUUUAUUUCCUUCGUACCACAUCAUUACGAAGAACUAAUUUAAAUCGACGAUCUACGUCGUGAUUGGGCCGACAGUGCGAUGUAUUCGAUCUAGCUUACAGUUGCUAUUGUACAAUACUUUACGUCUGACCGUCUGACGUUAUUGAUCUUUAUCUAUUUUCCAUCA